CGCGAAACAGAUGACAACAACUGAUAACAAGAAGUCAACAAAAAGUCAACAAAACGACGGAUGAGAUAACGACCGCCGCUGAGUGUCUGAGUGUCACCCAAAACACGUGAUCCACAACUCAUGGCAAUCCUCUGCAGAGCCUAAUCACCGGACAUCACAUCCGCGGAUGUCGUCAACGAUGAAUGGAUUACAAGAACUCGAUUACGUCGAGGCGCUCAAGACGUACCAAAAGACUCGUUUGGAUCACAUCCGGUCGGAGUCCUCGAAACUGACGCUAUAUCUGCAGACUUUGCGCUCAAAUGUGGCGAAACUCGAGUCGAGACGUCGGAAGGACACCAACGAUGCCAUCGAUUGGAUCCAAAAGAUCUCAAGACUUCGUGAGAACAACCUUCAGCUGCGGAUUGACUGUCACUGUCUGUCGAUUGAAGUGGAUUUGUAUGCUUCGGGACGUAUGGCGUUGGGUGUAAUGGACGACAACUUCUACAACCAGCUCCGGGUCCUCCAAUCGAACCGCCCUCCCGUUCCCAUCAUCGCUACCGUGUCCGGAGCGGCACCGCCUGUCCCUCAGCGCCCAUAUCCAGUGCAACAGAUGCCCCGAUACAGACACCCCCUGCACACUGUCCGCUACACUUACCAACAGGUCUACUGUCCCUCAUUAGGACUGUUAAGUCAAGUGCCGCCCACACCUAACACCACACCCGUCCACCACCGGCUCUUACCCAGAAUACCAGCGCAUAAUAUGCACAGACAGCAGAUGCCGUUCCCCUCAAUAGAAAGGCCUAUAACAUCGGCGCCACCAUUGCCUCCCCGUAGCGAUAGGGCGAUGAUGUCGUCCCCCGUUGGCAGACCGCGUAUUAUGUCUGCCCCACAAUCGGGAGCCAAUAGGGGCCGGGAUUUGAUCGAUGGGGACGACGAUGAGGGCGAGCGGUGGGUGUGUCCGAAGUGCACCGUCGAGAACCACUCGGCGCUCACCUACUGCGAGGUCUGCGAACUGCCCCGUAGUGUACGUCUGGUGGACAGCACAGACACCGUGGAUGGAGUUCCCGUGCGGAACGGCACUCAAAGUUGCGCUCAAUGCGCGAAUACGUGUAAUAAUUCUCAUAAAAACUCAUUU